UCGGCGCGAAAACACACAACGCAAAAUCGGGAACAACACUUUUUUUCCUCAGACUUUUCUUCAUUUAUUCACAAUGGCCUCUUAUUCUUCCUCUUUACCGCCUCCUGAGUCUCCUGAAAACCCCGCCGACAACGUCGCAUACUUCCUGGAGUUAAACAAUGCCAUGGAGCGCAUGAUCGAAGAGACUGAAGACUUGUCAGUACGACUCAUCUUGUUGGCGUAUGACGUGGUUGACAUGAGGACCGAUCCGGAACUUGGAGCAUCGUUAGAUAUUCUUGAAGAUGCUUUCCAGAGAUGCAAAACUGCUGUUUUUGGACAAUUAAAUUAAUAAAAUGUGGC